GUUCCCUAUAUAUACAUAUAUAUAUUAUAAUAUGCUUUUAUUUCUUGAUUAUUUUAUGCAAUGGAUGAAAUGAAAUCGAAACCAACAAAACAAAACCUCUUGCUAAUCAUGGAUUCAUGAACCUUACAUGAAGAACAACCAUCCAUGGCUUUUCACAAGAUUUGGUGGUGCUGGCUUGUUUUACUCUGUGCCCUGAUUCUGCUUCUCCAUGAUGCUCCUUCUGUCAAAGCAGGGGACAUAAUCCACGAUGAUGAUUCAACUCCCAAGAAGUCCGGUUGUGCCAACCAUUUCGUUCUGGUCAAAGUGCAAACUUGGGUGAAUGGUGUGGAGGAUGCUGAGUUUGUUGGUGUUGGUGCCAGAUUUGGCAGGACUAUUGUGUCUAAGGAGAAAAAUGCUAGGCAUACUCGCCUUGUUCUUUCAGAUCCUCGAGAUUGUUGCAGUCCACCAAAGAAUAAGAUUGUGGGAGAUGUCAUCAUGGUGGAUCGAGGCAACUGCACAUUCACAAAAAAGGCAAAUACUGCACAAAAUGCCAAUGCUUCCGCCAUCCUCAUCAUAAACAACCAAAAAGAACUUUACAAGAUGGUUUGCGAUCCUGAUGAAACUGAUUUAAACAUCCACAUACCUGCUAUCAUGCUCCCACAAGAUGCAGGUACAAGGCUGGAAGAAAUGCUGAUGAGUACUUCAUCUGUGUCUGUGCAGCUAUACUCACCACGUCGACCAGCUGUUGAUGUAGCAGAAGUAUUUCUUUGGCUGAUGGCAGUCUUUACCAUCUUGUGUGCAUCAUAUUGGUCAGCAUGGAGGGCUCGGGAAGCUGCUAUUGAACAGGAUAAGCUAUUGAAGGAUGCUUCAGAUGAAAUCCCAAACACAAAAGAUGCGGGUGUUAGUGGAGUUAUAAAUAUGAACGCAAAAGCUGCAGUCCUUUUUGUUGUACUUGCUUCGUGUUUCCUGUUUAUGCUUUACAAAUUGAUGUCAGGGUUGUUCAUUGAGAUUUUGGUUGUUCUCUUCUGUAUUGGCGGGACAGAGGGCUUGCAAACUUGCUUGGUUGCUCUUUUGUCAAGGUGGUUCAAGCAUGCUGGCGAGUCAUACAUUAAAGUACCCUUUUUAGGAGCUGUCUCAUACCUGACUUUGGCUGUUACUCCAUUCUGUAUAGCAUUUGCCAUUCUUUGGGCAGUUAAUCGCGAUAAGUCGUUUGCUUGGAUUGGUCAAGAUAUACUUGGAAUUGCACUGAUAAUGACAGUUCUACAGAUUGUACAUGUGCCAAAUCUCAAGGUUGGUACAGUUCUUCUCAGUUGUGCCUUCAUCUAUGACAUAUUUUGGGUGUUCAUCUCGACGAAGUUUUUCAAGAAAAGUGUGAUGAUUGUGGUAGCCCGAGGUGAUGGAAGUGGAGAAGAUGGUAUUCCAAUGUUACUAAAGUUUCCUCGCAUAUUUGAUCCGUGGGGUGGUUACAGCAUUAUAGGUUUUGGAGACAUCCUUUUACCUGGAAUGUUGGUGGCAUUCUCACUCAGGUAUGAUUGGCUGGCAAAUAAGAACCUUCGAAGUGGAUACUUCUUGUGGGCAAUGUUUGCUUAUGGCUUUGGUCUUCUAAUUACGUAUGUGGCACUCAACUUGAUGGAUGGGCAUGGCCAACCAGCACUACUAUACAUCGUUCCAUUCACUCUUGGAACCUUUAUGGCAUUAGGGAAGAAGCGUGGAGAUCUGAGGCUUUUGUGGACAAGAGGAGAACCAGAAAGACCAUGCCCACAUAUCAGACUCCAACAUAGUGAAGAAUUUACCACUUAAUAAUGAUAUUGUAACUUCAACCUGUUUUGAUAUAUUGUGUAUGUAAUGCAUGGCUAGCAUGGCUGAUCUUCUUGAGUUGGAUCAAAACCAACCUUUCAAAUGCUUAGCACCAUAGUGAUUUGUAAACCACACCCCUUGAAGGAAGCUGGCUAACAUAUUCAAUGUAGAGUUUGUUAAAUAGAAAUCUUUUAUUACCAAA